AUACCUCCCAACCACCGUCACCCAUGUCUUGACACCCCCUCCCUCUCUUCGCCGACCGACGAUCAUGGCGUCUCAAUUUCCUUCAGGAUCCCCAACCUCGACCGAUUCUGCGCCAUCAGAGACAUCAUCAAACAGUGGGAACGACAAUCCAGGUUUCAAACCGGGCUCUUCCCUACCGUUUAGCUUUCUCGUCACCUUCAUCGCCAUCUUUCUCUUCUUUCUCGGUUGCGGUAUUGGUUCGCGUCGCGUAACCCGUACCCUGCGGCGCAACUUGGGGUUACAAGUAACAGGCUUGGAGCUCGACCGACGGCAGUCGCGCAUACCUCGCGCGAGGCCUCUGCUUUUGGACGUGUUCCCGAAGGAGACGUCCUCCGUACUCGGAGGCAAAGGCGUCGAGGGGAUGUUCUCGCAUUCAUGGAAGCAACUUGCCCCACUGGGUGCGACAUACCAUCCCCACAACCCGGGAGUCAAGCUGCCAUGGCGUUUCGUUGGCCGUCAGGACACAGCGGAUUCGUGGCCUCCCGCGGUGUGCUACGUUCAAUCCCACGACUGUCUCCAACUCCCACCCCUCUCGCCCCGAUCGUGCCUUCACGAACCGCCAACACGACAAGACGCGCAGCGCGACCGGAAAUGUACUGGCGCGGACGCCGAAUACCUGAUUGGAUCGCGCGCCCACUCAUGCCCGACCCGCUAGACGGGCCACAGAGUGGGCUAGGUUAUGACCCUGCCGGGCGCUUGGAACAUCAGACGUCGGAUGAGGCAUCGGAGGACGCGAGGGAGGUGGAGGCGCUGCAGGUAGUCGUUCUCAUAUCCAUGCCUUGCCCCGAGCGGGCGCAGGCGUCACGCCUACGAGACAGUGUGUGGGAGCGCUCCCGGCGAGAGAGCGGGAGCAGCGGGAAAUCGCGCGCGGAGGUAGAGGUGAGCUCGGGUUCCGGAGGGAUGAUUGGGGAGUACGUGCUAGGAACCGCGAGGGUAGGGUGGCAAGAAGGAGUGUUUGAUGCAUCAAGGUUUUCUGUACCCUGAGCGACUCUCUCUCAGCCGUUGGUCAAUCGAUGCUAUUCUCCGCAACCCCGAGGCCCAACUGGAUGACGUUAAAUCAUCUGUUCUACGGACCGGAUGAGGGAAGGUGACGCGGGCAUAUCUUCCCUUUGCUACCGCAUCGAGGACAGUCGGGAAGCGCAACGGGUUAUUCAGACGACUCGGAAAC